CUCUUCUCGUACCGUGAAAUGGCUACCUUUUCUUCAUCCAGCGAAGAUCCUAUAUCUCGUGUCGUCAACGUGAGGCCCGACGAAACUGCGCUUCAUCUAACAUCAAGCCAGGAAUUCGAAGACUAUUAUGAUAUUGACGAAACGGCACAAUGGAUUUCGGAUGGAGACUAUCAGCGAGUAGCUCUCCAAUUUCCUGAUGAACUCCUUCACGACUCCGUACGGAUAUAUCGUAGUCUGAAGAACAAGGUCGGCAAUAAAGACCUCUAUAUUCUAGCAGAUACAUCCUACGGCAGGCAUGCUACCGUUGCAUCUCCUCGAGAGCACUGCUGCGUGGAUGAGGUAGCUUCACAACAUGUCGACGCCACUGCAAUUAUCCACUACGGGCAUGCAUGUGUGAGCCAGACAUAUCGUUUGCCUGUGAUGUACAUCUUUGGCAAAAAACCAAUCAAUAUUGACGACUGCUUGGAGAAGCUUCUGAGCAUGGUUUCUGAGCCUCAAGACUGCGUUUUUGUUGUCCGUCACGACGUCGCCUACGCACAUGCAGCAGUGAAACUUGUCGACAAACUGAGACAAACCCUCAACACGGAUGUAAAGUACUCUGAAGUCCCAAGCAAACUGUACCCGGAAAAUCCAGACCCCACUGUCUCUAAGCUCUCUGAUGGCAUCUCGCGAGUGCAUAUAAACCCUACCGAUGAACCUCAAUCAUCUGAUGGUGGACCGUCGAAAUCGACCAUAUUCUACAUUGGUGGAGAGAGCCUGGGCUUAACAAAUUUGCUAAUAACCCAUUCCUUUUGUGACGUGAUAUCCUACGAUCCUGAGUCCAAAAGCACCCGUGUAGAAUCGUCACGAACGAACAGGCUUCUUAUGAGACGUUAUGCCGUCGUCCAAAAAGCCCGAGACGCGGACAUCUUUGGCAUCUUAGUCGGAACAUUAGGCGUCGCAUCUUAUCUGCCUCUGAUCAAGCGCAUUAGGGCGAAUCUGAAACGCGCUCACAAGAAAAGCUACACCAUUAGUGUUGGGAAGCUGAAUCCCGCUAAGCUUGCCAAUUUUCUGGAAGUCGAAUGUUUUGUUCUAGUGGCUUGUCCUGAAAAUAGUCUUAUCGACGCUAAAGAUUUCCUGCGGCCGAUCGUAACUCCAUACGAGCUUGAAAUCGCCUUGCAAGCAGAACAAAGUUGGACAGGCCGGUAUGUCCUGGACUUUGAGAAGCUACUUGCUGAACAGGAUCGAUUUGAGGUGCCGGACGGAGGAAGUGAACAAACGGUAGGCGAUGAUCAGCCUGUGUUUUCACUGAUAACGGGCAAAUAUCGACAUGCAAAGCGAUAUGGAGAUACAUUAUCUAAUACCGAUAUCGAUAGCCAAGCACUAGCAGUACGGAACGGGGACAGUUCCAUUGCGAGGGUCCCCGACAGGGCCGCAGGCAGCUUCUUACAAACCCGAACAUAUCGUGGUUUGGACAUGCGAGUUGGCGAAGACUCGCCGAGUGUACUAGAACAAGGACGCGUCGGCAUCGCCAGCGGGUAUACCGACGAUCAUAAAUGACACUGAGAAUAAGAAAUCGACGAUUAUUGAGGACGAUUCGACGUCGGUGCCUUUUUGAAAGAACGAUCGGUUUAAGAAAUUUCCUCCCCCGCUUCCUUCCCCUUGAACGUUCAUGACCUAUCCGACCGUCGCACCUUCUGACGGCACAUACCAAAUUCCAGGAGGAAAUGAAGCGCCCUGAUAGCACGUUCAUAAGAUGUUAAACGGCCCUCCAAGCAUCCCUACCAGGUUCAAAUCUAUUUGAUUGCAAAACAGGGUCAAUGGAACCUUUUUUUUUGUGAAAAGAUAGUAGUC